UGUUCAGUGUUGUUUAUUGUUUAACCACUGCUUUGACAAAGCACAGACCGAUAAAUGUACAAAAAAGGACUAGACGAGCCUAUGGGUAUAAAGUAAUCCUAAAGCCCUACUUUCCUUCGCUAAAAUUUCAAAUCCAGCUCGUUUCCUGGAUCAUCCUCGCCCAUGGAAGAGAUCCCUCUCAUCACCCCUCGCAAGCUGGAGCACAACUCUGCCUGCUCCAUGCAACUGCCUGAAAGCCCAAAAGUUCCCAUGGAGUUCCUCUCAAGGUCUUGGAGUGUCUCAGCUCUUGAAGUUUCCAAAGCUCUCUCUUGCAUGGCUUCCAACAAGUCGACUAAUAGUAACUCCAGUUGCACCACCACUUCUAUACUCGAAGAUGUUUCUGCUGAGAAUGAGGACUGUGUUUCUGCCAACCAGUUCUCUUUCACUUCUUCUGCUACUUCCCAGCUAGUCCUCGAGCGUAUCAUGUCACAAUCUGAAGUGUCACCAUUGACAUCAGGGAGGCUCUCUCACAGCAGUGGACCUUUGAACUUGGGAGAAUUGGACAGCCCCCCAAUUUCACCUUCUGAAGAAUUUGACGAUGUGGUUAAGUAUUUCAAUUCACAGGACACCAUAAACACCCUAUUCCAUGGAGGCCGCGCCAGCGCCGGCAACGGCGGUAGUACCGCUGCCAAUGGGACGAAAACUGUUGGGAGGUGGUUGAAGGAGAGGAAAGAGAAGAAGAAAGAAGAAACCAGAGCCCACAAUGCGCAGCUUCAUGCUGCGGUUUCGGUAGCUGCGGUGGCCGCUGCUGUAGCAGCCAUAGCAUCAGCCACGGCUUCUUCUUCAGCAGCAGGAAGAAACGAGCAGCUGGCCAAGACUGACAUGGCUGUCGCAUCUGCGGCAACGUUGGUGGCUGCACAGUGUGUGGAGGCUGCUGAGACUAUGGGGGCUGAGCGCGACCAUCUCGCUUCAGUGGUGAGCUCUGCUGUGAAUGUUCGUUCUUAUGAUGAUAUCACCACUCUUACAGCGGCCGCAGCAACUGCUCUUCGUGGGGCGGCAACGCUGAAGGCAAGAGCUUUGAAAGAUGUUCUGAACGUUGCAGCAGUUAUACCAACGGAAAGAGGUCUGGGAAUUUGUGGUGCGGGAAAUAAUAAUGGAUAUCAUAGUCGAAACUAUAGCGGCGAGGUGGUCUAUGGGGAGAACUUUCUGGGUGCCUGUAAUCUGGAGUUCCUUGCCAGGGGCAGUGAACUUCUCAAACGCACCCGCAAAGGUGAUCUGCACUGGAAAAUUGUCUCUGUUUACAUUCACCGAUCGGGUCAGGUGAUGCUGAAGACCAAGAGCAGACAUGUUGCAGGGACCAUUACCAAAAAGAAAAAGAAUGUGGUGUUGGAGGUUUGCAGGGAUAUGCGAGCAUGGCCAGGAAGACACUUGUUCGACGGAGGAGAUGAGCGUCGAUACUUUGGAUUGAAAACAGCUACGAGAGGGAUUGUAGAGUUCGAGUGCAAGAACCAGAGAGAACAUGAUAUGUGGACUGAUGGGAUUUCCAAGCUUCUAUCCAUUGUCUCCCAAUGGAAGAAGAGCAGUGGGCAAUUCAGAACCAAGACAAUUACGUAGGCUUGUGAUUCUAUUGAACCAAUGAGUUGUUAAUUUGUUCCUGUGAGUAAUACCGCAGUAGGCCAUAGCCAUUCUGCAGAAUUAUAUCAUUUAGCUAAAAUGAAUUAGAAAUUUAGAAUUCAUCUAUAAAUGAAUUCCUGUAUUUUGUCCA